CUUCCGGUCCUACCCCGGAAGUCGCGCCGAGGAGCCAAAUUUGAAGGGAGCUGAGACGCGGGGGCGCGGCCCAGGUCUGCCACGGUUUCCUUGGCGACCCGGGCCCUGGAGUCGGGUGACCAUGCCCAUCCGCGCUCUCUGCACCAUCUGCUCCGACUUCUUCGACCACUCGCGCGACGUGGCCGCCAUCCACUGCGGCCACACCUUCCACCUGCAGUGCCUAAUCCAGUGGUUUGAUACAGCGCCAAGUCGCACCUGCCCACAGUGCCGAAUCCAGGUCGGCCGAAGAUCCAUCAUCAACAAGCUCUUCUUUGACCUGGCCCAGGAGGAGGAGGGGGUCUUAGAUGCAGAAUUCUUAAAGAAUGAACUGGAUAAUGUCAGAGCCCAGCUUUCCCAGAAAGAGCGGGAGAAGCGGGACAGCCAGGGCAUCAUCGACACCCUGCGAGACACGCUGGAGGAGCGCAACGCCACCGUGGAGUCUCUGCAGCGGGCCCUGGACGAGGCCGACAUGCUGUGCUCCACCCUCAAGAAGCAGAUGAAGUUCUUGGAGCAGCAGCAGGAUGAGACCAAACAAGCCCGGGAGGAGGCCCGCCGGCUCAGGAGCAAGAUGCAGACCAUGGAGCGGAUUGAGCUCCUACUCAAGAGCCAGCGGCCUGAGGUGGAGGAGAUGAUCCGAGACAUGGGUGUGGGCCAGGCAGCGGUGGAGCAGCUGGCCGUGUACUGCGUGUCCCUCAAGAAGGAGUAUGAGAAUCUGAAAGAGGCUCGGAAGGCCUCCGGGGAGCUGGCCGACAAGCUCAAGAAGGACUUGUUUUCCUCCAGAAGCAAGUUGCAGGCGGUCUGCUCUGAGCUGGACCAGGCCAAGCUGGAGCUGAGGUCGGCCCAGAAGGAUUUGCAGGGUGCCGACAAGGAAAUUGCGAGCCUGAAGAAAAAGCUCACGAUACUGCAGGAGACCCUGAGCCUGCCGCCGGCGCGCAGUGAGGCCGCGGACCGCCUGGUGCUGGAGAGCCCGGCCCCUGUUGAGAUGCUGAGCCUGAAGCUGCGCCGGCCGGCCUUCAGUGAUGACAUUGACCUCAAUGCCACCUUUGACGUGGACACCCCCCCGGCCCGGCCCCCUGGCCUUCAGCAUGGCCAUGCCAAGAAGCUCUGCCCGGAGAAGGCACACUCUCCCACUCAGGACGGUCCCAGGAAGCUGCCCAAAGGCUCCAAGCAGGAGCCCCGGCUCUCGCUGGGCGGCCAGCACUGUGCCGGAGAGCCCGACGAGGAGCUGGCCGGCGCCUUCCCGCUCUUCAUCCGGAACGCCGUCCUGGGCCAGAAGCCAGCCAAGAGAGCCAGGGCGGAGCCCCGCCGCAGCACAGACGCAGUCAGAACAGGCUUCGAUGGCCUAGGGGGCCGGACCAAGUUCAUCCAGCCUACCGACACAACUAUGAUCCGCCCCCUGCCGGUGAAGCCCAAGCCCAAGGCCAAAGCCAAGCAGAAGGUGGGGGCCAGGCCAGCGCUCCCUCCCUCCCAGGCCAGGCUGGACACCUUCCUGUGGUAGCAAGAACAGUGAGGCCGACCAACGGCCUCCGACUUACAGCCGAGGACUGGCUCAGCCGCGGGGUAGGGGCACGGCCCUCUCCCAGGACCAGCCUCAGGGCAAUGGCGGACAAGAAGCUGGGGCUGGGUGAGGCCAGAGGAUGUGCUUUCCCAGCACGCAGCUAGCCUCACCCCCCAUACUGGGCCUAGCGGGGUCGGGGGAGCUGUGGUCAGCUCACUGUUCCUGCCAGCAGGCUUGCUCCGUGUUGCAGGCCCCCAUGUAUGGCCACGACCAGCUGCUGGGCUCCCUCUGAGCCUCCAGACCAGGGCCAUUUGCUGACUGUAUGGACCAAGUGCUCAAGGCUGCACAGGCAGCUUCGCCUGCCCAAGCUUCUGCCUGCCUGGCGUCCUGCUAGGCGUGGCCUGGCCAAGCAGAGGGGCAGCAAAGGGUGGUGGUGGGCAGAGGAGGGGCGAGAUUUCUAUGUUGAAAAUAAACAAGAAUCUUUUCUUCCUGUGUCUAGGAGUAGACGUUUGUACUUUGGAAAACUUUUUAAAAAAUAUAUUUUAUUGAUUUCAGAGAGAGGAAGGGAGAGGGAGAGAGAGAUAGAAACAUCAAUGAUGAGAGAGAGCAUUGAUCGGCUGCCUCCUGCACACCCCCUGCUGGGGAUUGAGCCUGCAACCAGGGCAUGUGCCCUAACCAGGAAUUGAAUCAGCAACCUUUUGGUGCCUGGGACGACACUCAACCAACUGAGCCACACCGGCCAGGCAGAACUGACAUCUCGACAAUAUUGUGUGUACCUAUCCAUGUACCUGGAAUAUAUCUCCAUUUAUGUAGAACUUUUAAAAUUUCUUUCAUCAAUUUUGAUGUUUUUCUCACAUAGAUCUUGUACAUAUUUUGUUAGAUUUAUACUUAAAUAUUUCUUUUUCCCCCUCCUUUUUCUUGGUACUAAUAAAUGACAAUAUCUUCAAUUGCAGUUGCUCACUGCUGAUAUGUAAGAAAGCAGUGGACUUUUGUGGCUCUAGUGAUAGUGAAUCUUCCGUUUGUCAUUGUACUUCUCAGCUCCAAAACUCACCAGCGACGUUCUGUGAAGGUCUCCUCUUCCUGUGAGUGGUCACCCUCUCCUGUUUACUCGCAUGCUUUGCAAUGUUUUGUUGCGGCCGGAUAUUCUGAGUAGUAUGUUAGGGUAACUCUGGAAAUUGAGUUCUCCCACACCCCGGGACUGCUAAAUUUUGCUUCUUGAGGGCCGAAGCUGUCUGCUUGUGACUUUUUCAAACUGUUUUUGCAAAAUAUGGGUUCCUUGUGCACUGAAGUCUGUGCUCCACUCUCUCCGCUGCCAGCUAGCGACCUCACGGCUUUCUGGCCACAGAGGAGGGCACGGGGCCCUGCCCUGGCUCUUCAGCCUGACAGGUGCCUGCAGGGUCUGGGCUGUGCCCAGGCUGGCAUCUGUGGACAAAGCUGCAGUGAUUCAUUUCUGCUAGUCUGUGCCCUAUGAGAGGUGCCUGAGUCUAGGUAAGAGUCCUGCUUUAGAAAGUCAUGCCCAACAGUUUUCCAGCCUGGCCGGUGUGGCUCAGGGGUUGAGCAUUGACCUAUGAACCGGGAGGUCCUGGUUCAAUUCCCGGUCAGAGCACAUGCCCAGGUUGUGGGCUUAAUCCCCGGUCAGGGCACAUACAAGAAUCAAUCAAUGAAUGCAUAAAUAAGUGGAACAGCCCUGACUGGUUUGGCUCAGUGGAUAGAGUGUCGGCCUGCGGACUGAAGGGUCCCAGGUUCAAUU